UUAACUUUACCUACAAGCUUGGUCCUAAGCCAAUGGAAGAGCUUGAGUUUGACAACAGAGAUUUUAUUGCCAACCAUGAAAGCUCAAUGGCAGUCAAACAAGUUUUAUAACUUUGCGAUCCUACCAUUUUCCAUAAAAUAACCAUAAAGUUUAGAAUGAAAGAGAGUAAAACUAAUUUGAAAGAGAAUUCACACAGACAAGCUGACAGCCAGACUUUUACAUUUGCACAAAAUCCUCCAAUCAAGAGAAAGAACCUUGAAGGAAGACGAACAAGUUAUGGGAACUCCUGGCCCAUUAAAGAAAUGCAUGGUAAAAAUUGGAAAAAUAUUGAUAAAAAGAUGCUCAAUAUUCUCACAAUAUAGACUCCAGUCAGAAACAGUCACCAAGCCAAAUCUCAUGUAUAGGAAAAAUUUAACACUAUCAAGAAAGGCUCAAGCGUUCAAAAUCCUAUACAAAUCAAUCUUGACAAUGUGAGGGGUCAGCCUCCAUUCAAUAAGUUUAAUAAGCUGGAGUGAGCUCAGCCUCCAAUAAAACAUCACAAGAACCAAGAAAGCUUAGAUUCUUCAAAGUUUUCUCAAGAACAACUUAGAAACAAAGAAUCUUCCUUCUUUAACCAAAGCGAUUCAAUUCAGAGAACUCAGAAACUAGAGUCUCAAUUAAAUCUCAAAAAGAGAGACCUCAAAUACCAAGAGAAGUAUAGUGGAGACUCAAGUUCUCCGGAGUACUUCAAGUCUAAAGUGAUGAGGAGUAUGGAAAAGUCUGAGCAUUCGCAUGCUGGUAUGAGUAAACUUAGGAAGUAUACAAGAAACUCUGAAAAGGACCUAAAUCCUUCUCACAAAAGAAGUAAAGAUUUAAGAGCCAUUAAGAAAAUACUCGGCCAAAGUGAUGAGAAGAGUCAAAAGCUUGACCCCAGUUCUUGAAGCAAGCCGAAAACAGACUUUCAGAUGAGUACAGGCCAGAUGACUGUUUCAGAAAAUGUUGUCAAUAUGUUCGUUCCUUGUAAGAUCAUUAAAAGAGAGGAUAACACAAAGUGCAUAUUGCCCUUGCAGCCUGCAAGAGUGUUUAUUCUUCCAAUGGAAGGAGGAUUGACACAUAACGCCCAGCAUAAUUUGUCUCAAAUGGCUCUGAACCAAAAUGUAGAGCAGAUGGCUGGCAUCUUGUCAAAGAGUGCAGUGAGCUCUAAUUUUAAUCAGCUCUCUUGGGCAAAGAAGGAAUGCCUACAAUCCUCUCUCUUACUCAAUUUUGCUCAGAACUACUGUUGCUGACUCAGAGACUCUAAAGUAUCAACUUCAGCUGAUUUAGAGCGAAGCGUUGACAUAUCUAAAAGAUAA